AUGGAUGGUGGAGGCUUUUUUCUUAAGCGACCAGCUCCCAGUGAAACGGAAGAUGAUAUCCUUGCUAUGCAGUCCGAGUGGGAAGCAAGCAGAUCGCGUCAUAAUCGGUCUGCCGUUCAAAUCCGUCGAAUGGAGAAGUCGAGGACAUCGUCGAUACCUGAGAAAGCUAGCGCUGAAUUACAAGCUGUAGGAGCAACACUAUCGAGACGUUUCACAGAUGGAGGUCGCUUCUUCAUCGAUUUGGACAAAAUAACAGAAGAAUGGUCUAAUCAAGUGUUAUUUGAUGUUGAGGAGCAGAACUCAGAGUGGUUGGAGGGUGACCACAGCGACGAAUUAGCUCAUCAAAGAUGUCGAAAUUUGCAAUACUCUGCGGAGGACGGCUUUCCAGAUGUACUAGAUUUGAGUGCGUAUUACAGAAAAGAUGCAGAUGUGAAGCGUACUGCUGAAGGAAAAAGCUUCUUUGCUGCCGAAUUUGAUCGACUCCAUGGAAGAAUAGGUCUGUGGUUUGCCUUUGUGAACACUGCGUUACUUUUGNACUCUGCGGAGGACGGGUUUCCAGAUGUACUAGAUUUGAGUGCGUAUUACAGAAAAGAUGCAGAUGCGAAGCGUACUGCUGAAGGAAAAAGCUUCUUUGCUGCCGAAUUUGAUCGACUCCAUGGAAGAAUAGAAGAUGCUUUUGUUUUGGUAGACAAUGAAACGCAGAAUGAAGAGGAUGACUACGAACUUGUAAAUGAUAGAUGUCAUUCAAUCACGUUUCGAAAUUAA